AUGUCUAACCAAGGAGUUCGGCGGAAUGGCCCCGUGAAGCUGCGACUAACAGUCCUGUGUGCCAAAAAUCUUGUGAAGAAGGACUUCUUCCGCCUCCCUGACCCUUUUGCCAAGGUUGUGGUGGACGGCUCCGGACAAUGCCACUCUACAGACACUGUGAGGAACACGCUGGACCCAAAGUGGAACCAGCACUACGACCUGUACAUCGGAAAAUCGGACUCCAUCACCAUCAGCGUGUGGAACCACAAGAAGAUUCAUAAGAAGCAAGGGGCCGGCUUCCUGGGCUGCAUCCGUCUCCUGUCCAACGCAAUUAACCGCCUUAAAGACACGGGCUACCAGAGACUUGACUUGAACAAGCUGAGCCCCAAUGACAGUGACACAGUGAGGGGACAGAUUGUAGUGAGCCUACAGUCGAGGGACCGCAUAGGCACAGGAGGUCCCGUGGUGGACUGCAGUCGGCUGUUCGACAACGACCUUCCAGACGGGUGGGAGGAGAGGAGGACCGCGUCCGGACGAAUCCAGUACCUGAACCACAUCACACGCACCACACAGUGGGAGAGGCCUACCAGGCCCGCCUCAGAGUACUCCAGCCCCGGCCGGCCGCUCAGCUGCAUCGUGGACGAGAACACACCAAUCAGCACCAACGGCGCCACGCCCACCACGGCGUUGCCGCCCAGCGACGGCGACCAGCGGGCCCAAGAGAGACGGGUCCGGUCGCAGAGGCACCGCAACUACAUGAGCAGAACCCACCUCCACACGCACCCGGACCUGCCCGAGGGAUACGAGCAAAGAACGACACAGCAAGGCCAAGUGUACUUCCUCCAUACUCAGACAGGUGUCAGCACAUGGCACGACCCCAGGGUGCCCAGAGACCUGAGUAAUGUGAACUGCGAGGAACUAGGUCCUCUACCGCCGGGCUGGGAGAUUCGGAACACCGCCACGGGGAGGGUGUACUUCGUCGACCACAACAACCGCACCACGCAGUUCACCGACCCCCGCCUCUCCGCUAACCUGCAUCUGGUCUUAAACCCGAGCCCAAAUGGUUCUCGAGGAGGCAUCGAAAGCCAAAACGUCAGUCGUCAGAACCAGAUGAAGGAUCAGGCCCAGCAGGCUCUGGUGUCUCCCGGUCAGCUCCCAGAGGAGGCGGAGUGCCUCACGGUGCCCAAGUACAAGAGGGACCUUGUUCAGAAGCUCAAGAUCCUCCGUCAAGAGCUGUCUCAGCAGCAGCCUCAGGCAGGCCACUGUCGCAUCGAGGUAUCCCGCGAGGAGAUCUUUGAGGAAUCCUAUCGGCAGGUGAUGAAGAUGAGGCCAAAGGACCUGUGGAAAAGGCUAAUGGUGAAGUUCAGGGGUGAAGAGGGGCUCGACUAUGGCGGGGUGGCCAGGGAGUGGCUCUAUCUGCUGUCUCACGAGAUGCUGAACCCUUACUACGGCCUGUUCCAGUACUCCCGAGACGACAUCUACACGCUGCAGAUUAACCCCGACUCUGCCGUCAACCCUGAGCACUUGUCAUACUUUCACUUUGUGGGCCGAAUCAUGGGGAUGGCAGUGUUCCAUGGCCACUACAUAGACGGGGGCUUCACCUUACCCUUCUACAAGCAGCUUCUGGGUAAACCCAUCACCCUGGACGACAUGGAGUCCGUUGACCCCGACCUUCACAACAGCCUCGUUUGGAUCCUGGAUAAUGACAUCACAGGUGUGCUGGACCACACCUUCUGUGUAGAGCACAAUGCUUAUGGGGAGAUCAUCCAGCACGAGCUGAAACCCAACGGCAAAAGCAUCCCGGUCACCCAGGACACCAAGAAAGAGUACGUCCGCCUCUACGUCAACUGGCGCUUCCUGCGAGGCAUCGAGGCCCAGUUCUUGGCUUUGCAGAAGGGCUUCAACGAGGUCAUCCCCCAGCACCUGCUCAAGGCUUUCGACGAGAAGGAGCUGGAGCUGAUCGUCUGCGGCCUGGGUAAGAUCGACAUCAACGACUGGAAGUCCAACACACGGCUCAAGCACUGCACCCCGGACAGCAACAUCGUCAAGUGGUUCUGGAAAGCCGUGGAGUCCUUCGACGAGGAACGCCGAGCCCGGCUGCUGCAGUUCGUCACAGGCUCCUCCAGAGUUCCCCUGCAAGGUUUUAAAGCCCUCCAAGGUGCCGCAGGCCCACGGCUCUUCACCAUCCACCAGAUUGAUGCCAGCCCAAACAACCUGCCCAAAGCCCACACCUGUUUUAACCGGAUCGACAUUCCCCCCUACGAGCACUACGACAAACUUUACGACAAGCUGCUCACUGCCAUCGAAGAGACGUGUGGCUUCGCUGUGGAGUGAGAACCCACCGGUGACCAGGGCCCCUCCUACUUUAACCACGAUCCGCCGGCCAUUGAGGGGUGUCGUGGACGGGACACUCGUCAAGCUAACGGGGGGCGGACAUCGACGACCAGAAAAUGUCAUGACUGUGGGUUAUUCUUAAACCCUCAAGCCCUCCUUAAUGUCUUUUUUUAUUAUUGUUAUUCAUUGAAAAGGAUCUCUUCAGCUGCUAAUAACUCAGACUAUUUACUAACUCUUUUUCUACGUUCAUUCUAGCAUUUGAAAAUAAAACUAGACCUUAUUACAUGUAGCAAUGCUCCGUCUCACCACGCAGACCACGCAAGGUCAGUCCACUUUGAAACAAUAACCACACACGCAAGACUGGUUGGCUUGCAAGGGGGACAGGGUUAUUAUCGAUCCCCAACCCGGGGAGAAGCUAAAUCUGAACGCAGAGCAAGCGUGACCCGGGGCUCUUUGAUGCCUGGCGGGGGAUUUGUGACGCCCAGGAUAGGAUGCACAGGGGUGGGGGGGGCGAGAAGGCACGGCGAGACACCGACUGUUUACAACCUUCUCCAAAGACGACAGCAGAGGACCUCUGCUCCGGAGCGCUGCACACCCGGAAAACCCCCUUCCACGCAUUCGACAGCCGGCCGUGUUUGGGAAAGAGUCCGUGAAUGAGCAGCUUGAAAUGUGAUAUUUUUGUAUAACAGGGAAAAUCGAGAAAGAAUCAACGAUAUUCUAUAUAAUAUAUAUAUAAUUUAUUGGUGUUAUAUUUCAGAAACCCUUCUCCAUUCUGUGGGAAGAGUCCCACAUUUUACACAUUAUUGUCACUUUUUUUUUUUUAUUAUUAUAGAAGACAAUUUGUGGGAGCAGAGUGGAGCUUGACUGAAUUUCUCUGAAGAAUGCUGUGGUUUAUUUCUCAGCAAAAUCUCACUUUUAGCGGAGAGGUUUUGUUAUCAGAGCAAAAAAAAAUGUGUAAUGUCCUCUGAGUGCCAUAAUCUUUUUUCUUUUUCUUUUUUUUUUUUAAAUAAUGUAUCUUUACAAAAUAUUGAGCUGACCCUUUAAAUUCUGCUGAUUUCAUCCUGGAGCUGCACGGUGGUGUGAUGUAGUUUUCUCAUUAGGUUUUUUUUGUUUUGUUUUUUUUAGGUCAUCUGUAGCUGGACUAUAUUCAUGUCACUGGCAGAAUUGUCUACCAUUCAUAUCUAAUGGUAUUUUCUCAGAACAACCCAAAGUCUACUGCCUCUUUAUAUUAGGGUGAAAAAGAAAAAAGAUAACCUUGUGCUACCUUCUAUCCAUGUGGUGCUAAAAGGCAUUAUUACUUCCUUAUUUAAAAAAAAAAGGUUUUAUCAGCUACCCUGCUCACUGACAUCCUUCCGCUUCAAGUGCACAAACUCGUACUCGUACGGGUUUGUGGCCACAGAAACUCUGAAGUAGCCAAAUUCUCAGGAGAUGUCAGAUGUAGUUUACGAUGUCAGUCUGACUUGAAUAUAAUACUGACCCUUUCUUCAUUUCCCUCAACGUUAAGAGAUCUAGAGAUGUUGAGGUUUGCUCUGCUGCGCCCCACAGCUAGCCCCUUCACACCCAGCAGUAGUCGCACGGCUCCACGUGCACAUUUUUUGGUUGAAAGCGCUGAACCGAAUGAGACGAGUUCCUGUUUUAAGCCUGCUACGCAGUCCCGUCUCUGACGCUCUUAUGGGAGAGAAAGUGGGCCGGGGGGUAAAGGUUUUAUACGGUUUGUAAUUCCUGAAUGUGUUAUUAUUUGUUUGUUGUUUUGUUUUAUAAGAAGAAAAGAUGCUGCCUGGCUUGCAAUCUCUAAAGACCGUGGACUGUUCUUAACUUUUGCAUACACUUUAAAAAAAAAAGAAAGAAAAAGAAAAAAAAAGCUUCUCUCACAAAUGUAUGCAGAGUGAAAAGUGUCCUCAGAUGGUGCUUUGUACAGUAAUAGGUAUUUGUUCAUAUGUGUGGAUCAAACAAACUGUAAUUUAUCUUUUAACUUAAGUAGAAAAAAAGAAGAUUUUCUUGAACUGCAAAGAGGAAUUGCACACAAACGGAACGAGGUCACUGUAUGUGUUUUAUGGUGAUUUCCAAGACGAAAAAAGAAUUCAUCCUUGAGUCCGGUGCACAAGCUGAUCGCCCUACUGUCUGUUCCCACACUACAUCGCUCAGCAACGCUCCAAAUCUGUCUCCUAAUGAACCCAACUGUUUACUCAACAGGUCUAAGUUGAGGGAUGCCGCUGUUUUUAUUUCUGUUUUUCUCCCAAAUGGCAUGAUCCACUAGCAGGACUAUAUCUCUCAUAGCUGACUGAUGCAAUUUGUAUGUAUGUUAACACUAUCAUUUUGUAAGAGUAUUUUAUUUUUGUGUGUAAUUAGUUUAAUUAAACCUGCCUUUGUCUAACAACGCAACGCCUUGUACGAUUAUAUGUCCUGCCACCCCCACCCCCAGUAAUUUUAGCCUUUUAUGCACCAAGAGAGUGCUUGAAAAGGUAUUUGGUACAAGAAUUUGGUACAUUUGUUCCAUGUAUUAUAGAUGUGUUUGCUCUGAACUGUCUGCAGUUGCAAUUGGAAGGGAGGGGGGGGGGGUUGCAAAUGGUUUGGCUUUACAUCUGAAUGGGAAAUGCUGUCCACCACCCGCUGUGUACUGACUGAUACUGUUUGAGAUUUAAAU